GGUUGCAUUAAAGUGAGUUGAGAUGGAACGUAAACGUGGAUAACAUGUAGAUUUGAGAGAACUCCCCACAAUCCAUAAUGCAAAUACCGUGAUCCCGCUUCAAUCAGGCAGGAGACAUUAAUAAUGAGUUGUAUUUAAGCAAAGCAAAUGUCAUGCUGAGCAGAAUCACUAGAGUCUUCUCACAAUAUCUCUAUCCAAGAUCUCAAGCUCAACGUUCGAAAUGGCAUCCCUUUUUGUCGCUGCGUUGGCCUUCACUCUAGCGACAACUUCUACAGCGGCUCCAGCUCUUACCGAGAGAAACUGUAUAAACCUCCAACUUUCCGUGCCAGUGACGGCAAACACAACCAAUUUGGACGUUCCACGAGUCGACAACAAUGUAGACGCAGUUGACCUUGUCUGGAACAUUGAGAGAUGGACAGCCCCAAAUACCACUGCACGCAUCACGGGCACAAACCUUAUCCAACAAACCUUCUCGAUCAAUGCUCAGCUUUGUGUGCCAAACAACUCGACCAAAAAUGUCUUGCAGAUUGCUACACACGGGUUUGGAUUCGAGAAGAGGUAUUGGGACUCCGAGUUGCAUCCAGAGUUGUAUUCAUAUGUAGAGGCAUCCCUGGCAGCAGGAUACUCUAUACUCACAUACGAUCGGCUUGGAGUUGGGCGAUCUGAUAAACCGGAUGCGUAUGACAUUGUACAAGGGUCGGUCCAGGUCGAGAUCAUCAAGGAGCUCACUCUUAUGGCUCGUGCUGGUAGCCUCACGACAUCUUCGAGUAUCCAGAAUACAGCAAUUCCCAAGUUCGAUAAAAUCGUCCUCGUUGGUCACUCGCUCGGCUCCGCAUUAACACUGGGCGUCCUCACAAAGUACGGGAAUUUGGUAGAAGGAGCAGUAUCUACUGGCUUCAUUAUCGAAGGAGUAACAGGACUUGUAUCAGACGACGCGUUUGGCUUAGAGUAUGCAGCAAGUAACGACCCACAACGAUUCAGCGAUCGCGGCAGCGGCUACAUGGUUCAAGCUACACAAAGUAAUGCUCAGCAAAUCUUCUUCAAGAAAGGACAUUUCGAGCAAGAGAUGCUAGAAUACGCGGUGAGCAUCAAGGAGACAGGUACUGUUGGAGAUUUUGUGAGUCUAGGCUUGGUACUAGGUCAGCCCGCGUUGGAGUUUACAGGGCCGCUGCUAUUUGCACUCGGGGAGUAUGACUACGCCAUUUGCAAUGGAAACUGUACAGGUUUCUACGACUUACCAGCGCUGAAAUCGAGCCUGUUCCCGAACGCCACUGACUUGACCGCGCAUGUUCAGCCUGGAAGCGGACAUGCUUUGACCAUGCACACCAAUGCCACUGGACAAUUCCAAGCCAUCUUUAAAUAUCUCGAGAGCAAUGGUUUGUAA